GUUUAUGUUUGCAUGUGACGGUGAGACUAACCGAUGACACCCCUCUCUUCACGUCGGCAUUAACGAACGGAUUGAACAGUUCACAGCAGUACGUGAUUUCCGAUCCGGCAAUGUCAGGUGGAAGUUCGCUUCAAUUCGCCCCUUUCAGCAGCUCCCUUGAUGCCGGGUUUUGGCAAAGGCUGUCAGAGAACAAGCUGAAUGUGUAUGGUUUAGACGAAGCACCCAAAACGAUUAAUGGAUUUUACUUCAAUGGGGAUCCGGCAGGGAUGGUUCCUCGAUUGUCAGUUGACUUCACCGCUUUUGACAGUGAAUGGAAGACCCCACCAAGAUGUCUUGCAAGCAAGGGGUCGAUCCAGAACACAAAUACACUGGAAAGAUUCAAGGAAUGUGACAAGAAAGAGUUACUUGAAACUGCAGGAAAGCAGAUCUGGGAUGACAUUAUUAGUGGCAGAGCCGUAGAUGAUCCUUCACUGCUGUCUAGAUUUCUUCUCCUCACUCAUGCUGAUCUGAAGAAGUACAACUACUACUACUGGUUUGCCUUCCCCUGUCUGACAGCUCCAGAAAACACCGUGGCUUCCGCACCCCAGGCUCUGGAUAGCAGGUUCUCACCUGAACUGGUGAAGUCUUUCCUGGCCUCGUACGACGCCUUCCAAGCCGGUAGAGACUGUUUUGAAGGGUUCUUCACAGUUAGGGAGGCAGGGGAUGCUGUACUUGUACAGGAACUGAAAACACUCGAUGUCACUGAUAAGGACAAGGGCAAGGUGAUGUUUGGAUUCUGUGAUCCCUGCUCCCUGGACAAGCAUCCCGGCUGGCCACUACGCAACUUCCUUACUCUCAUCGCUCAUAGAUGGGGAGACAAGUUGGGUGAGAUCGAGGUGUUGUGUCUCCGUGAUCGGACUCGUGACGGCGUGCGUGAGAUCAGCCACAGCCUCAUCCUCAGCAUCACCCUCACCUCGCUGUCUGCCCAGUCAGAGUGUCCGAAGUGUGUGGGUUGGGAGAAGAACGAGAGGCAAAAACUAGGUCCCCGGAUGGUGAACCUGUCAUCUAGCAUGGACCCGACCAAGCUAGCAGAGUCAGCCGUGGACUUGAACUUGAGGCUGAUGAGAUGGCGUCUGCUCCCUGACCUUGACCUUGAGAAGAUAUCCUCCACUAAAGUCCUGCUGCUUGGGUCUGGAACUCUGGGAUGUAAUGUUGCCCGAGGUCUCAUGGGUUGGGGCAUCAGGAAGAUUACUUUUGUAGACAACUCCCGAAUAUCCUACUCCAACCCAGUCCGACAGUCGCUGUUCACGUUUGAAGAUUGCCUGAAUGGAGGCAAGCCCAAGGCUCAGGCUGCUGCUGAAUCUCUCCGGAAGAUAUUCCCUGGAGCUGAGACCACAGGCUUGACAUUGUCCAUCCCCAUGCCAGGGCACUCGGUGUCAGAGAGUUCCCUGGAGAGUGUUCGGCAGGACGUGGAGACGUUGGAGAAGUUGGUGGAGAGUCAUGACGUGUUGUUCCUGUUGAUGGACACCAGGGAGAGCCGCUGGCUGCCCACCGUCCUCGGAGGGGUCAAGCAGAAGAUUGUCAUGAAUGCAGCUCUAGGUUUUGAUACAUUCCUAGUUCUUCGUCAUGGUUACAAGACGGCUGAAAGUGCAAUACCUCCGGGACCCAUCUCCAUGACGACCACCAUCCCUGGAUGUCAGCUAGGCUGCUACUUCUGCAAUGAUGUUGUAGCCCCAGGGAAUUCAACAAGGGACCGAACACUUGACCAGCAAUGUACAGUGACACGGCCCGGUAUCUCCAUGAUGGCAGGUGCUCUGGCUGUGGAGCUCCUGGUGUCUAUCCUGCAACAUCCUAAAGGACCGGAGGCGCCUGCCGACACCACCAACAAUGAUGACAUCUUCAAAGAUUCUGACUGCUCUCUUGGACUUGUUCCUCAUCAGAUACGUGGGUUCCUGUCCAGAUUUCACAAUGUUCUUCCUGCUAGUCGGGCGUUUGACAAGUGCACUGCCUGCUCAACCAUGGUGCUGGAGACGUACAAGAAGGAAGGCUUCCAGUUCCUGCUGCGGGCGUUCAAUGAGCCCAACUACCUGGAGGACCUGACUGGCCUCACACAGAUGCAGCAGGAGACACUGGAUGCCGAGGUCUGGGAUCUAAGUGAUGACGACUCCGGAAGCAUGGAGAUGUCCUGAUGGCUGGCCCCACCACUCCAGCAUCACUGUGAUAAUCCUGUACACCCUGACAACACUGAGUGCACCACCAUCCCAUGCCACAGCUCCUACCACAGUGAUGUCAGUGAAUGCAUUCCUUGACACAGACACACCAAACCACCAAACAUGGUGCAAUAUUUGCCAAUGAUGACUUGUAGGUUUAACUGCAAGAAACAACCACUGGGAGCUCUGUGAAUUUGAUUGUGACGGUUCUGUGGUACAGUGUCUGAAGACUAAGGUUCCAAUCCUGGUGUUUUUAAUUCUAUAAUUGUUUACCAUGAAUGACUUGGGAAGUACUGAGAAUCUUUGAAAUAUGGGGCAAGAUAUUCAAAAGCAUAUUGUCUUGACUUUUAACAAAGGUCUCAGCUACCUCAACAAUGGCACCAUAAAUUUAUUACUGAUAAGCAUCUGCAUGUGAUUGUUAAGUGGAACUGUAGCUGACAUUUCAGAACCUGAUGGACCAAUGUCCUUGUGCGUGUACUGUGAAACUUUGUGCUUAAUCUCACUCUGUGUGUGAACAGUUGUAGAAUGGGUACACGGAAGACUUGGAGAAUUUCAGAAAGAGUAUGUGUUGAAAAACACAAUGUGUACUUACUGUAUAAACAGGUCUAUAUGAAGCGGCUAGGUCCUACUCAGAUUAAUAUUGAAUUGAUUGAAUUAAGUGAGAUAUAUUAAUUAACGGCCUCAUGUCUCCACUCCAUUAACAUAAAUACCCUUGUUCAGUUUGAAAGAAACAAGACAAAAAUAGCCAUCCUGUCAUGACCGAAUUAAAUUACAUGAUCUAGCUUACUCGAACACCCUAGGUGAAGUGACGAUCGGUAUCAUUAGUACACAACUCGUGGGAUUCCGUGUCAUCUCAAAUCCAACUGGGACCACUGUAACAUAGGGACUUCCAUCCCUGUCUUUUUUCUCAAGGAAACAUCUGUUCCAGCUAAAAGUUCUGAUUAGUAGUAUCAUCCUUUAUUUAAAAUAUAUCAAGGGCUUGCUCGAUUGAGCCUGCUAUUUUGAAUGUAGAUCUAUGCUGAAGUCUCGUUUUCAAGUCAUUUUGUUGAUUCAAGCUGAUCACUAUCAGCAACAGAAAUUCUUUGAAAGGUUAGCGAUACAUGAGAUAGAGAUUGUGACAUCACUUCUGCAACGAAGCUUUGGUGGAAUGGAGAUAUAACAAUACGGUCUAUAAUCUUCUAUACAGUUUGUUACAGAGAAUUUUGAAAGAAAACAGACUUGGUAUAACAAAGAUGGAUUUUUUCAAAUGUCCUUCUUUAAUACAGAGCAUUUUAUUAAUUCGGGGUUUGAACUAAACUCAAAAGCUUUACUAGCCCGGGUAAAGAUGAAUUGCCCUUGUAAUGUUAAAACAAUGGGGAAAUUGUGAAACAGAAAUGUUUGCUAACCCCAAGCUAGAGGGCUUGUGUUAAAGUCUAACACUGAAAUUACUUUAAUUCUUUGAAAUAGGCAGGCAAUAUAUGAACAUUUCUCCUAAAUUUUUAAUGAUAUAACAUGCCAUGUGUCUAUGUCUGUAUAACUGCAAUAAUGGCUGUUUGGCGGCAGAGCCACAGUAGUGCAAUAGUAUAGAUCUCACAGCACCUGGCUCAGUACUUAACCUUCUUGAAGAUUUAUGAACAUCAGUUCUGCUGUUAUGUCAGUGUAGACUGGAAGCAGUCCCGUUCCAAUAGGAAUUAAAAAAAAUAAUAUUUUCCUCUCUCCCUGAUGUUUUUUGAGUGUAUAGAAACCUCUCGACACUUACCGAUACAAUUUGUUUUUAACAAUGUUUCACAUAUUUAUUUUUUUAACUUUUUUUGGGCGGGGAGGAGGGUGGGGUGUGUUG